UAUCAUGAAUGGAUAUGUUUUUAGUAAAAGUAUUUUUUAUAGAGGACUAAUUUCUCUUUGUAGGAUAGGACAGAGGCGAUUAACAAUUAUUAAUUUAAAGAUUCCUUUAUAGAUGGUGUUAAAUUAAGCUAAUCGGGCUGAAAUGAUCUGGCAUUUCGGGGAUAUCUUUUUUAGGAAUGAGAGUAAUGAUAGUAUUAUUUAGGGACGGUGGCAAUUUGCCGUGGUGAAAAAAAGCUUUGGAUUCCAAGACCAAUAUCUUUUUUCAAUGAUUAACUAAUAAGCUAGAAAGAAUUUAGCACCAUAGUCGUCCGAUCCCGGGGCUCUGUUGGGGUGAUUGGUGCUAUUAGAUAGUCGAAAUCUGAUUGAGAGAUCAACGAUGUGAGGAAGCUGAGAUAAAUGGUUCUUGUGUUAUGAGUACUGGAUGGAAUCGAUUUUUGAAGGAAGUGGUGAAUAGUUGGGUUAGGUCAUGCUGGGAAUCUACCCAUUGACCCACUUCAUUAUUUAGUCUGAAUAUCAUUGUAUAUGUGUGUAUUUUUUUUAUUUUAUUAUGGAAGCAUCUUGAGUUUCGAUCCCCCUUGAGUUAGCCAUGUUUUCCGUGCAAUUUUCCCCCAUGUUUUUUGAUUGAAGAGUAGCAGUAGACUAGUAGUUUUUCUCUUUGUAGAAGGAGCAUGUUGAUGUGUUUGAUCCAGAUAGAAUUGAAAGGUUGUAACCAUAGUUUUUCCUGUAAUUUUUUAAGUUUGUCAUCGUUCACUUGAAAUUUGUUGGUCGUAAGUCUAUACUUAGAUUUGGCCUAAACCUUUAGAUUUGUUUUGAUGCGAAUUAGUUUCUGUUGUAUUUUGAAAAAUCUGGAUCCGGUGAUGUUGGUAUUCCAAUGUUCUCUUACAAUUGAGUGAGAUCCUUGAUUAGACGAGAAGGUGAUGGGUGCAUGGUCGGAGACCAUAAAGUUCCCAUAUGUUAGCGUGGAAUCAAUGAAGUCAUUAAAAAAUACAUUGCUUGCGAUGGCUCUGUCCAAUCGCUCAUUAAUAUGUGAGUUAUUUGCGAGGCCCUUCCAUGGGAAAGAUUUUUGUGACAAGGAAUAGCAAUUGUUGAAUGUGUGUGUAGUAAAUACAGAAAAAAAUUUAGUUGAUUUGUUAUAAUAGGUGCCCCCACCAAGUUUGUCUUUGUGGAAGUAACAUUUCAUUGAAGUCUCCAAUUAGGAUCCAUGGUUAUUAGAGCGAUAGUUAAGCGAUUAUUGAGAUACGACCAGAAGGUCUCUUUAUCAGAGGGUUGCGCGAGAUAGUAUGUGCCAAAAAUAUUGUAGAUAUUAUUGUUCGGUUUGUAAAGGAUUUGCAAUUCGACUAGACGUGCAUGUGUGACAUGAUUUCGGACGGUAAUAUUAUUAUUAUUCCAACAAACUCAGAUUCCUCCUGAGUGAUUAACUCGAUUGACAAUGAUGGUGUUGUGAAAGUGUAGUGCUUUAAGAAAAUUUUUGCUAUUAGCGGAGUUGGUUAAUGUUUCAAUAAUAAAGAUAAGAUCCGUAUGUACUUAUUUUUCAGAUAAAUUAUUUCGGUCAAAACUUGGGACUUUUCCCCCCUUGUAUGUUCCAACUGAGUAUUUUCAUAUAAUCUGCUUAUAAUAAUGGAUGUCGUGCAUUGCCUCACCAUUAGGUGAGUGGCGGGUGUGAUAAGGCCGUUAAAAAGCCCGGAGACCAGUGUACAUGCACAAAGGAAAAAGUUCUUGAGGGAGUAGAAAACACCCCUGUCAAGCAAAUAAGGAGGCCUUGGCCCAAGAGAGAUGUACCAAAAUUUUUGGGUUGGAGGCCCGUGUAGGAUUUGUGCAUUCGAAGUUUACGAGCCUGGGCGUCAAUCCUGCUAAGCAGGGACCAAGGAGGAGUGUUGGUUGGGCCUUGUGUAAUAUGGGUAAAGAGGCCUUUGGCGGGAAAGCCUUUCUUCAAGGGUUGGCAACGAGUCCCAAUAGCAAAAUUUAGCGGGCUGCAAGUGGCACUUGUAUCUUGUGAUAAAGCACUUGGGUUUUUGAAGUAGGCCAGCUUUGAUCUUGGCCACUGAUUCUUUUUGGACUUCAAAAAAAUCCUGUGCAACUGGAUUAGAAGGAGUGAUGAGUGAGUUUGUGUAGGGUCAUCUAAUCCCAAAGUGCAAGUAAGAUUCUGGCAGUUUAGAGAAAAAGAAUUGAUUUAAAUCACAGUUAAAUAACCGAAAUCAGCAAGAUAAAUUGAUGACUUCCUUGCAUUGAUAAUAACCAAUAAGAGUACAUAAGUCAUUAGAAAAGUGUAAAUUAGUAAAGGACUAAUGGAGCUAAACAACAUUAAGUUGAAUUUUGACAUGCGAAAAUCAAAAGAAGGAAAAGCUAAGUUCCUCCAAAGUAACCCAAAAAGGAGACAAAUUGUGAGCAUAAAUAUGAUUAUUUUUUUGGGGGGAGAGGGGAGGAGGGUUCCUUCAAAUUCAUUCAUUUUACGGCGUUUGCCAUCGCGAUCAGCAACAGACGAGGGGGGGGGGAGGGAGCCACGAUCAUAUCUGCAUCAAAAAGGACGUCGGGAUUGUGGUGGAUAACACCGACAGCAUUGAGAAAGUCAGCAUCUAACUCGUCAUUAGUGUCCUCGACAAGAAGAGAAAUGGGAAUUACCAUGUACUAAACCCUACAAAAUAUACAAAAUACGGAAUAAUACAUUGAAUAACUACAAUCUCAAUAAUAUUUUAAUUAAGAAAUCCCAUUUUCAAUUACAAAUACUUCAAAAAAAAACUCAAGAGGCUUGAAACAUUACAACUUUUAGGAUUUGUGGACGCGUUAUAUACUUUCAAUUAAGUAUGCAAUUUGUUUAUCAUGGUAUACAUCACAUGCUUCCUUACUAAAUUUACAAAAACAGUAGUGUGUGUUAGAUAAACAUAAGUAGAAAAAAAUUCAAAAGAGUGAGUAUUACUCACAAACGUAAAUAUACAAUAGUCAGGUCCCCUUUGAGGUAAAAGGUGAACGAUUGUCUAAAAAUGAUCAUUUUAGCUUUAAUUGUGAUUCAUUGAACUUUUUAAAGUGACAUUAGAAAUACAAAAAGUUAGGUGGUCUAUCUUACAAUAGCUCUAUUAUAAGAGGAUUUAUAAGAUUUAACUACUUACACUUUGUGUCUUUGUUCUAAUAAUUAUAUAUAUGCCAUUUAAUAAGACUAUUAGUAUCAAGCUGAUCACAUUAUGAUUUUGUAUACGUGAUUUGUGUUAGAUAUAUUUACCAACAAAGGGAAAGAGAAGAAUGAAUAAUAUAAACAGGGAGAUACAAAGUAUAAUUAAGACAGAAAUUGAUAAAAGGAGGAAGGCAAUGGAGGCAGGAGAAGCUGUCAAGGAUGACUUAUUGGGGAUAAUGUUGGAUUCAAACUAUAAAGAGACACAACAAAGUAAAAUUUGUAGUAACAAGCAACAUCUUGCUAUGAGCUCUCGAGAGAUAAUUGACGAGUGUAAAUUGUUCUAUCUUGCUGGGCAAGAGACCACCUCAGUUUUGCUAACGUGGACGAUGAUUUUGUUGAGUAAACACCAAGAUUGGCAAACACGAGCACGAGAAGAAGUUCUUGCAACCUUUGGAAACAACCAACCAGACUUUGAUGGGUUAAAUAAUCGUCUGAAGAUAGUGACAAUGAUACUAUAUGAGGUGCUAAGAUUGUAUCCUUCUAUCGUUGCAACCUCUCGAAGGAUAUAUGAUUGUGAAACAAAGCUAGGAGAUUUGAUUAUACCGCCUGGGGUGGUAGUUUCAUUGUCAAUACUCCAUGCUCAUUUGGAUCCCAAUGUUUGGGGUGAUGAUGCCAAAGAAUUUAAUCCGGAGAGAUUUUCUGAAGGGAUUGCAAAAGCAACUAAGGGGAUUAGCUCAUACUUUCCCUUUGGUUGGGGGCCAAGAAUUUGCAUUGGGCAAAACUUUGCACUAAUUGAGGCUAAGCUUGUGUUGUCUAUGAUAUUGCAGCGUUUUACUUUUGAGCUCUCACCAUCAUACACCCAUGCUCCUACCACUCUUCUUGCCCUACAGCCCCAACAUGGAGCUUACCUCAUCUUACACCGACUUUAAGUUGCGUGAAAUAUGAAUGUAAUAAGGUUGUUCUAAGCCAUGCAACAUGUAUUUGAUUUUGAAUUUAACUUCGGGAUUUAAUCUUUACGAGACUUUAAAAUGUAAUUUUAAAAGACAUAAGUCUCAACUACAUCUGUCUAUAUUAGACAUAUGUGCAAAUUUAUGCCUUGUCA